UGAGCGCACCAUGCCGCUCUCCCGCCGCACCGGCCAGAUGCCCGAAGCCACCUGGACGCUGGGCUUCAGGGAGAUGACGGAGCCCUGGAAAGGCACCGUGGGCUGCCUCGGCGUGGCCGUGUUCUUCGCCAUGACCAUCGGCAUCAUCUCGUGGCAGGCGCUGGAGCAGCCGCCGGAGGAGUGGGUGCUGCGGGGCCGGCGGGGGGGGCUGCUCUGGGAGCGCCGGCGCGGGGCCCUGCUGCUGCGGGCGCUGCCGGCGGGGCGCGCGGUGGCCGCGGUGGCGGUGGGGGGGGUGCCGGCCGCCGAGCCCCCGCCGCCCCGGGACCGCUGCUGGCACGACGGUGCCCAGUUCUGCUACGCGUGGGAGGAGGAUGCGGAGCUCCGGCUGUCCCUCGAGCCCCCGCCCGCCCCCAGCACCGAGUGCUACAGCGUCCGCUGGACCCCGCUGCGCCCCGACGUCGUGCUGAAGGAUUGCUUCUCCAUGGCCAACAUCUCCUGGUACGGAGGGGUGAGCCUCCGUGCCCAGCGCUGGCCGCUCAAUGGAGCCCAAAGCCAGGCGCAGCCUUUUGUCAGUGGAGGCUUCAGCAAGAAUCCCACGGGAUACGGGCCUGUUCUGGAGAGGUACUUCUUGGGCUCCACAGGCGUGACGGUGACGGUGCCUCCCGACGUGCCCGUGCUCCUCUCGCUGGAGAGCAGCCGGCACUUCUGCCUGGCAUCCCCGGUGGGCAGAGCGGCCGAGCCCCUGCACUACACCCUCUGUGCCAGCACCGACGUCGCGGCCGCGCACCGGCACGUGGGCACCCAGCUCGGUGCGCAGGAGCGGGCGCUGCCGGAUACGGCCCUCCUGGGGUCUCCAGUCUGGAGGUAUUCUGGCCCAGAGGGUUCAGCUGCCAAAAUAAAACGAGGUUUGAGGUCACUGGUGAGGAGGCUGAAGCGGCAUCGUCUUCAGGAGGGGGUCCUGGUCCUGGGGGAGCGCUGCACUGCCAUCCUUGCUGCUGCGCAGGACCAUGCACCCUCAGAGCGGAGGAAGAGGCAGGACCCGAGCCGUGCCUGGGACCCUUCUGCGCUGGCCCCGCUGCAGCUCGCUGUGACACUGUCCCCGUACACCAGCAUCUCCUCCCCGCUGUUCCUGCGCACGCUGCGGGACGGACACGCAGGGACCUACUGGCUGAGCCUGCAGCCCCACGUCGGGGGCAGCCCGAUCCCGCUGCUGACCACAUGGAAGGGGCAGCUUUGUGUCCGCCUCAACGUCACCAGCGAGGCGGCACUGAGCUGGUACCUGGCACGUGCCCGGCGCCUGCGGCACGCACUGGGUGCUGCGUACCUGGUGUUCGAGGGUGCUGAGGGCAAUGCCUUCCUGGAGCAAGCUGUGCCCCCUCCCGCCGAGCUGGAGGGAGACCGGUACACCGGGCUGUUGGCAGAGGCACUGGCAACACUGGGAAACGCCACUGUCAUCAGUGCCGGUGCCAGAUCCAGUCACCUACCUCUCUUCAUCCAGAUGAGCCCCCUGCGCUCGGACUGGAGCCAUGCUGGGCUGAAGGGGAUUAUUCCCUCUGUGCUGCACUACAGCCUCUUGGGCUACAACUUCUUCAUCCCCGAUGCAGUAGGAGGGAGCCUGGCCGGCGACAGCCCGGGGGACACGGAGCUCUACGUGAGGUGGCUGCAGAUCGUGACGUUUCUCCCCGUGAUGGCCUUCAGCACCCCACCCUGGCUCUGCUGCGAGGCCGGGGUCCUGAACCUCACCCGCCGCUGCAUCCAGAGGCACCGGGACUUCGUUGUGCCGCUGCUCAUCAAAUACAGCUCGGAAUGGCUCAGCUCGGGGUAUCCCAUCUUCCGGCCGGCCUGGUGGCUCAGCCCCACGGAUCCAGCCGCUUUCACCAUCGAGGAUGAGUUCCUCAUUGGAGAUGAGGUCCUGGUUGCCCCUGUAACAGAGAAAGGGCAGACGUGGAGGGACAUCUACCUGCCCGGAGAGGGGCACCUCUGGAUGGACACCACCACUGCCCGUGUGUUCGACGGAGGCACCAUCCUCAGGAACUACUCUGCUGGCCUUGCAGAGGUGCCGGUCUUUGUGAAGACCUCCUAACUGCAGCCUGCUGCAGCUCUGGGGCCUCUCUCAGAGCCACGCUGCCCACGCGUGCUCGC